AUGCCAGGUAACAUUGAAGAUUAUGUCCAUAGAAUCGGUAGAACUGGUAGAGCUGGUGCCACAGGUACUGCUAUCUCCUUCUUUACUGAAGAUAACAAAUCUCUAGGUGCAUCUCUAAUAUCCAUUAUGAGAGAAGCCAAUCAAACCAUCCCACAAGAUUUAUUAAGAUACGACAGGAGACAAAGAGGUCCUCACCCAAGAUACGGUGGUGGCCGUGGUGGCCGUGGUGGUUACGGUAGACGUGGUGGUUUCGGUGGUGGCCGUGGUGGUAACGGUGGUAACGGUGGUUUCAACAGAUCCAGAGAUGGUGGUUGGGGUAACAGAGGUGGUAACUACUAG